AUGGACACAAACAGUGUAGAUGAUAAUCAUACAUUAUCAACGAAUAAUGGCAUAGGUGAUGAAGCCGAAGGUAUAUGGAGUGCUGAUAUUGAGCAAAGUUUUCUUGAAGCAUUAGCUAUUUAUCCUCCAUGUGGACGGCGUAAAAUCAUUUUAACUGAGGAAGGAAAAAUGUACGGACGGAAUGAAUUAGUGGCACGUUAUAUUAAAAUUCGCACAGGCAAAACACGAACACGCAAACAAGUUUCGUCACAUUUACAAGUGCUGGCUAAACGUCGUUCAAAAGAAAUUCAAUCAUUACGUAAUGAUAAAGCUGCACAACAAGUCAUUCUCGACAGAUUAAGACGAUAUACGUCGGCUGAGAUUGUUUCCUUAAACAAUGAACAAAUAGCUAGUGAUAAUGAUUCAUGCUCUGAUGACAAUGGAGAAUCAAAAAAGCCGAAAAUAACGAGUCCAGUGAAGAAUCUCCUUCAGCCAGUUCCAAUAGAUGAACAUGUGGUGAAAUCUGUGCCGAUAUUACCAGUGAAAUUAGAUCUUAUAAAAUCAAGCCAAGAUUCACAUUUACCUUUACAAACACCAGUUUUAAAAAAACAUACGGUUAAAAAAGAAGUUCCUGUCAAUAAAGCCGAUACUCCGAUGGCACCUAUGAUGAAUACUUCUAGGCCAAUGUUUUUACCAAAUUCUCCCAUUGCUCACACUCACGGCACAGGUCGAUCUCGAUGUUCAUCAAAUGCAUCCUCAUCAUCUCCAUUGUCCUCCGGUUCAACAGGUUCUCAAACUGUGACCAUGGUGAAUCCAGUGAUAUAUCCAUUAGCUGCCAUCGGUGGCGAGCACUUUCGGUUGCAUGAUCUAAGUGCUGUGAUUGAAAUCAAACGAACAAUUGGUACAACACCACAUCAAUCAUUAAUUUAUCCACCCGCAGAAAUCUAUACAACCGAACAACGCGAUCUCGUUCAUUUACAUGCCAAUGACAUUCGAAUGAAAAAUAUCCAUGCAUUCGAAACCAUAUCUAUCGAUCAAAUCUUUGAUAAAUUUCCUCGUAAUGAUGGUUUAAAAGAUCUAUUCGAACGAAAUCCUGAUGGAUCAUUUUAUUUGAUUAAAUUUUGGGCCGAUGUACCUAUACCACCACCAAUCACAAGUGCCCUGAAUAUUCGUGACGAAUCCUUUUUUACAUCAUUUGCGUACAGUAGUUCAACGAAUCGACCAAUACAUAUCUCAACACGGUUAUGUUCAUUUGGUAAACAAGUUUUAGAAAAAGUUGACAUGAGUGAAAAUCCUCAACUUGAUUCAUUUCAACAAUUCGUUCAUCGGUUCGAUCGAACACCUUUGUGUGAAUAUAUGGUACAAUUUAUUCAAAAACUUCGCUCACUACCAAAUGCUUACAUGAUGAAUAGCGUAUUGGAAAAUUUUACCGUCCUUCAAGUGAUCAAAUGUCUAGAUAAUUCCGAACGACUUUUACUAUGUCUCGCCUUCGUGUUUGAAAUUGCUAUGCCCGAUGUUGGUGGUCCGCAAUAUCAAGUGUACAAAUUGGUUUCAAAUUUAAAAUAA